AUGCCAGCUCUAACCGUGAAGCCGGAUGCAGAGGCAAAGCCCCUCAGGGUGUGGAACUCGCUAAGACGCUAUCUCCCACCCACUGACAACAAGGAUGUCGAGUUCUGGUGGAACAUUACUGGGUACCACCUGGCAGUCAUGAUUGACGCCGCUGGCUACACCCCAGAACUGCAGUAUGAAGUACUGCUUUUUCAUUACAAUUGGAUCGUAAGCAGUCGAAUUUCUCACUCUGAUGAACUCGUUGCCGCAAAGAAGGAGUCUGACCAGGCCUGUGGUUAUUUACAGGUGCCUCGCUUGGGUCCCGCGCCCCACGAUGACGGACGGCCUGUAUUCAAGUCACUCAUAGCCUACGACGGUUCACCCCUAGAAUACUCCUGGAAAUGGAAUACUUCAAAGGGCGAGCCCGACAUUCGGUACUCCUGGGAGGCAAUCAGUGCGACAUCGGGUACCACCACCGACCCAUUGAACCACGAUCCUACCCUGGACUAUAUGGAAAAGGUGUCCCAUGCUCUUCCGGGUGUCAAUUUUGAAUGGUACCGCCAUUUCAUAGCCAACCUGUACGAUCCUGACAGGGCCGUUUACAGCAAGGAGCUAGAACAAGGUGACCCGCCCGCCACGACCCUCAUGCACGCUGUCGAGUAUAACAAAAAGAAAAACUUUGGGCUCAAAUCGUACUUUCUGCCACGAAAGCUGUUCCAGGGCGGUGACCCUGCGACUAUGCAGGAAUGGGACGCUGCAAUUGUAAAGCUGAACCCGGGAAAGAAUCACCCUGGACGUGAUGCUCUGAUGAAUUUCCUUGCAACCAGCCCCGAAGGCAAACUGAUGAAGCCCAACGUCAUGGGUAUGGAUAACGUGGAACCCUCCAAGUCGCGGCUCAAGAUGUACUUUACCUCGGCGCACACCAGUUUCAACUCGGUGCGUGAGAUCAUGACCAUGGGCGGCAUCCGCGAUGUUUCCGAGUCCAGUCUGCAGGAUCUCCGCUCCUUGAUUCUCACCGUAUUGGGGCUGCCCGCCGACUUCCCCGAGGACGAGGAAAUCCCCGUCGAAGCUUCUGCCAGUGAUGAUUGGCCCGACUUUGCAGCCUUGUGCGAGGGCUUUGUCUACUUCUUUGACAUUGCUCCAACCAGUGGCUCCCCCGACGUCAAGUUCUAUCUGACCACCCGCAAAUACGGUGCCGAUGACUUGACCAUUGCCCAGAAUCUGAUGUCUUGGACGGCUGCGCACGGCCGUGGCGCCUACAAUCCAAAGUACAUUGAGAUGCUGGAGAGGCUUGCGGAACACAGGGGCUUGGAGAAUGGCAAGGGCAUGCACGCCUACAUCAGCUACCAGUGUGUUCAGCAAGGAGAGCCAGAUGUCAAGUCUUACAUCUCCCCUGAACUCUACCACAAAGCGCGAUUCACUACCGCUGAGUAA